ACCCAAACUCCUCACUAUCAAUUCAGCCUUCCAAACAAAGACAAAAGAUGAGGAGAGAGGGUCGCCAACACGGUAUGGUUCGGAGCUACCCAGUCUUGCCAAUGAACACGAAGCCCGAAUCCAGAUUACGACUCAACCAGUUCGAUUCGCCCCCGACAGCCGGGAUGUUCACCAAGGUUGCACCAAAGCCCACUAACCACUCCAGGUUCACGGGCAAGUGUGGCCGGCCCAGGUGCCGUGGGUGUCAUCAACACCCGGCUUCCAAGUCCAUCAACAAGACCAAGGCCACCCAUAAGCUCCGCUCCGCCAAUUUGGUCUCUAAUUGUCGGUUAGCUACUUGGCGAGUCGUGGAUGCUAAACCCGGCUUGAAUUUUCCCGGGUUUUCGGUUAGUCGAGUAUUGGAUCAUUUGGAUAAUAAUGAUUAUUGGGAUGAGGAUGAUGAUGAUGAUUGUGAGGAUGAAGCCUAUGCGGAGGGCUCGUGUGAGUUCGGCUCAUCGUGAUUUGUGAUCGGGAGCCGUUGAAAUUAUUAAGGAUGAUGAAGAUCAGGACCGUGAAAAUGAGGGUGACGAGGAAAGUGAGGUUACUACGAGCUUUUGUGAUGUGGGACUUGUGUGGGAACGGGUUGACGAAGGUGAAGGUUGGUGUUUGAUUGUGUGUGAAAUGCAGUUCUUUCUUUGGUUAGGACUUUCUUAUUUGUAUUCCCAUUUGUCAAUGACACCAUCUGUACAAUUGUUGAGAUUCCCAAUUAUGCAGUUACAGAUAAAAUUAUUCAGACUGUUAGCUAAAUUUGUAUCAAUUUCAAAAUAAAAUAUCAUUAAAGAUAAAUUUAUUUAUAAUAAUAAUAUUAUUAUUGUAAA